AUGCCUGAGAGCGAGACAUGCGAUGCCCUCGUAGUUGGGGCUGGUUUUGGAGGACUCUAUCAGCUCUAUCGCCUUCGUGAGGCGGGCUUGAAUGUCAUUGUCAUUGACGCAGCCGGCGAUGUUGGAGGCACUUGUUGGGACAAAGAGGACCUUUUGCAGUAUCAUUGGAAAGAUCACUACGUAAAGCAACCCGAGGUCCUUGCGUAUCUCAACCAUGUCGCAGACCGAUACGACAUGAGGAAACAUAUCAAGUUCAGGACCGAGCUCGUAGAUGCCAAGUGGGACGACUCUAUUCACAGAUGGCGCAUACAGACGUCCGGCGGCAAAGAAAUCCAGUCUCGGUACAUGGUCACAGCGCUUGGACUUCUGUCAAAGCAGAACUAUCCGGCAUAUCCUGGCAUUGAUCUCUUCAAAGGCGAAUUGUACCAUACUGGUAAUUGGCCUCAGCAGCACGACUUUAAGAACAAGAGGGUAGGAGUCAUUGGAAAUGGCAGCACAGGUGUCCAGGUAAUCACAGCAAUUGCGAAGGAAGUCAAGUCGUUGCUUUGCUUCCAGAGGACGCCUCAAUAUUCCGUUCCGUCUGGAGACGGGCCGGUCUCCAAAGAGUACAGGGAGAAGAUCAAUCAGAACUAUGACGCUAUAUGGCAUCAGGUAAAGAACUCAGCUGUCGCAUUUGGGUUCGAAGAAUCGACCGUUCCCGCCUCCUCAGUCACCGAAGAGGAGAGGGAAGCUAAGUUUGAGGAAGCCUGGCAAAAGGGAAAUGGUUUCAGAUUCAUGUUUUGGACUUUCAAUGAUCUCACGACCAACGAGGAAUCCAACGAGGCUGCAUGCGAGUUCAUCCGAAAAAAGAUUCGGCAGACUGUGAAAGAUCCCAAGAAGGCGGAGAAGCUUUGCCCGACCGACUUCUACGCUCGUCGGCCGCUUUGUGACGCUGGCUACUACGAGCAAUUUAAUCGCCCCAACGUCGACAUCGUCGACCUCAAGCAGACCAAGAUCACCGAAUUUACGGAAAAAGGCAUUCGUACAUCUGACGGUACUGAUCACGAACUCGACGUGAUCAUCUUUGCCACAGGAUUCGAUGCUGUCGAUGGUAACUACACUCGAGUUGCGAUCAAGGGCCGCCACGGCGAAUCACUGAAGGAGCACUGGUCCGAGAUCGGGCCAACAACCUACUUGGGCGUCAGCGUCCCAGACUUCCCCAACCUCUUCAUGAUCACAGGCCCGAACGGUCCCUUCACAAACAUUCCUCCUACGCUCGAAACACACGUCGAAUGGAUCACGGAGCUCAUCAAACGCGCCGAAGCCCACCGAAAAGACUCAUCCGAUCCGGAGAGUGUCGUUGUCGAAGCGAAGCCUGAGGCCGAACAGCGAUGGACGCAACUCUGCAAGGAAUUGUCUGACAACAGCCUUUUCAAGAAGACUGAUUCGUGGAUCUUUGGGGCGAAUGUGCCCGGCAAGAAGAAUGCGGUUAUGUUCUAUUUUGGCGGCUUGAAAGGCUUUAGAGACGAAUUGGAGAAGGAGAGGCAGAGCGCUUAUGCUGGCUAUGUUCCGCUCUGA